UCUUCAUUUUCCGCCAUUCACGACCACAAACACUCAUCGUGUUAUUGCUGAAACCAACAACAGAGUAAGAUUUCGUUGUAAUUCUUUUCUUCUCGUUUAAUUCAUGUAAUGCAUCUGAAGAAAGACUCUGUUUCUUGAAGUUUCCAGUGAAGGUAGAUUCUAGAUUUGUGAUUUAUCUCUUUCCUUUUCUUGAUUUCUUUCUAUUCGUGUGUCUCAUCAUCUGAUAAAUACUUCUAAUGUGUGUGUUUUUCUUCGUUUUUAGCUAUUUGAUGCCUUGGAUCUGUGAAUUUCCAUAAGGAACUUGUAUUUAAUCUUGAAGAUUUAUGGAGGAUUCGUUUUAUUCAGGCACAUUUUUGGCUUUCCAGAUUCGUUGGCUCUACCUCUUUACUCUCCGAUAUCCAGUAGAACUGUUUUCUGAUACGUUUAGAAAAUUCCAAGCGUGCUCACCAAAAAAAGCAUAACAAAAUCUAGCAUGGAUGAAUGAGAUAUCAGAUACAGUGCACAGCUCAGAAUGGGUUCAAGAGAACAACAAAUCUCAAAAGGGCUGCAGGCGAAAGUUGUAUCAUUGCGAGCAAAUAGGAUCAGAAAAGCUCUAGAUUACACUAAACUGGAAAACCCAUUAUUUGUCGGUCAAGUUCAUGAGUUGAGAAAAAGUGCAGGUGAGAAGCAUCUGGUUCAUCUGCAACCCGUGAUGAACCACAAAGAACAGUCAUUAAGAAGUAUGGGAGAUAAAGAUGACAGCCUUGUGAAGCACAUGAAAAAUUUGCCUGGCUUUCUCCAGCGUGUGGAAAAAGGUGAGAAUAUCCAAGGGAAAGCUUUGAAUUUUGGAGUUCUAGACUGGGGUCGUCUAGAAAACUGGAAAUCCAAUGAAAAACGCAUUCCACCAAGAUAUAACAUGAAGACAUCGCUCUCUAGCAAUAAUCCCAUACUUGUGGAAAGUGGAUCAGCCAGGUUAUCGAGAACUAGGAAAAAGAUUCAUCCACCUCGGAGGGAUCAACAUGCAUCAAGUUGUUCACAACUCAAUUCAUCUUGCAGAGAAAGACUUUCCCCAGGUGUUAGAUGGCCGAGAGGGAAGGCAGUAAAAGUGCAACUUUCUGAAAGUUCUCCUGGACAAACAUUCAAUGGGACCCAAAGUCCUUGUUGGAAGGAUCUGCCACCUGGCAACAAAUAUGAUACGCUAGAGUUUGACAGUAGCAAAGAGAAACAAACAGAUCAAAUGACAUCAGAAAAGGAAACUUCAUCAUCAGACUGGAGAAAACAGGGUCCAUGUCAUUCUCCACGUUAUACGAUGAGGUCUCAGGCUCAGGCUAGUGCAACUAAGAUGCCAUCAGAUGAUAAUAUCAAUCAUGCUGAUGAUCCUUGCCCCAGUGGCAACCAUAAUGCUGUACUGUCUUCACCUCGAGAUGGGACCAAAAUCAAUUCUUCUAAUCAAGAUCUUUGGCUUUCAGACUCUAGAAAUUCAUGUGAUGGUCAUUUGACAGAAGCAAGCCAGAGUAGACUAUCCAAUUGCUUUUCUCCAACGGAGUUCCAUUCACCAAACCCCUUUUCUCAAGUUCCUCACUCUUGCCCUUUCCCGUUACCUCUUAGUACUGAGACCUACCCUGAUCCGGAAUGUUCUAAUGAGAUACCAGUUACUCCAAUGAGAGGUAGAACGCUUGAAGGAAACGAGCCAGUUGUACAACAUUCAACCAAGAAAUGUGAUGUGGACAUAGAUGAACAUCCUGCUCUGAAAGGGAGACAGUCGUCUCCCAAUAGGAGAUUUAGCUUUAGCCUUGGGAAGAUGACCAGAAGUUUUAGCUUUAAGGAGAGUUCAUCUGUUGUUCCACAACUAAGUUCGACACAUACAUCCUUCAAGUCUGGGCCUGUAAAUUUUGAAGCCUCUCCUGAUUUGGUCAAUUACAACUGGAAAAAGGGAAAUGCUACCAAUUCAUCCAGGUCUAGUCCCUUGAGGAGAUUGCUAGACCCAUUGCUGAAGCUUAAAGGAUCCCAUUCAGCUGACAAGGUUCAGAAAUCAAAACUAGACCAAAAUUCUACUAGUUUUUCCCCUGUAAAAGAGAACGAAUGGCUUCAGAGUAAGUACAGAUCAAGUAAUGUACAGGCUCUCCUACAGCUAACUUUGAAGAAUGGAAUCCCUUUUUUCAAACUUGUGGUGGAGAGCAGCAGCGACAUUCUAGCUGCUGCUGUCAAAAAGUUACCAUCUGGGAAGGAUGAUUCAAGCUUGAUUUAUGCAUUCUACUCUGUACACGAGAACAAGAAGAAGCAUGGAGGUUGGAUAUACCAAGGUUCAAAAGAAAAAAGUUUCGGCUUUGGGUAUAAUAUCGUUGGACAGAUGAAGAUUUGUAGCUCAUACCAUGCUGAGUUUAGUGGUUCAGAGAAAGACCUAUAUGUGGUACGAGAGUCGGUCUUGUAUAGUAGUGAUAGUGUGCAGGCAGAUGAGAGAACACUUGAUCGCAUGCUAGAUGGGGAAGUAGCUGCUAUAAUUGUGAAGAAUCCAAGUGAUGAAAUCUGUGGAGAUAUAGGGAGCUCGAAUAGCAUGGUGGUUAUUGUCCCUGAGGGUGCUCAUAGUUUACCAAACGGUGGACGACCUUCUCCAUUGAUAAACCGAUGGAGAUCUGGUGGAGUAUGUGAUUGUGGAGGCUGGGAUAUAGGUUGCCAAUUUCACGUUCUCAGUCAUCAGAAUGAAAUCCCAACUCCCUCAAAUCGUCUCGACCUAUGUUACCAGCAGGGAAGGGGGAAGAAGAAGUGCAAAUUUAGCUUGGUUUCACUUGAAGACGGACUUUACUCGCUUGAAUAUGAUCCGUCAAUGUCUUUGCUUCAAGCAUUCUCCAUAUGUGUAGCGGUUGUAAGUAGCCAGAAGUUAACUCACAUCUUUCAAGUGAAUUACGUUCCGGAUGAGAAAGUGAAAAGUUGGGAGGAAAUCCCUGGAAAAUACGUUUCAAAGCCACCGGCGUCGCCCGUUGGAAGGGUAUAGUUUUUUUUUGUUCAUUUACUUUAGUAAGUAAUAGAGAUAACAUGGUGGUAUCAUAUGUAGGGUGGUGGUGAUGAUGAUGGUA